AUGACUGGAGCCAAAUCAUCGUUCAUUGAUGAGGUCCGUCACUCUCUCGGAUCCAAGACUGUGGAAUGGUGUAUGCUCAAUAAGACCACUGGAAAGGGAAACGUCACAUUUGACCUUCUAAAAGAGGCACCAGGGAAUAAAGGUCUCCUUUUUGAGCUCUAUUUGGUUCACUAUGUUGAGAAUAUCGAGAGUAUUACUACUACAAAUGAACAAUUCUCAAAAGCACUAGCUGAGUGUUUUCAUGAGCUUGCAAUGGAUCAUCAUUCGCUUCCAGAUGCAUCUAAUAAUAAGCUAUCUUUUGUUAACGAUAAUGAUCUACUGAAAGGUGAUUUUAUUGCCAAAAGGAUUGGUGCAGUAGCGAAUUUAAUUCAAUCAAAAGAUGUAGACACAGGAAAUAUAUUACAACCUUGGAGCAAUCGACUCUCGAUUAUCUACAUCAUAUUUAGACAUACUGGAAUACUGGAUUUCAAACUGCAUUGCAAAGGUUGCGCCGCGUUCUCUGAAGUGUUAAACACAUCUGUUUUUAGUAGUAUCAUUUUCAUCCUCAGUUUACUUAAGAAACCGAGUGAAGCAGAACACCUAUUUAACUCGAUCUUUUAUAGGAUAUCCUCCUCUUACUGGAAUAAUGAUCUACUCAUGAUGAAUUUUAGUACAAAAAUGGUUAAGGGUCUUGUCUCAGAUUCCUUGAAUUUGACGAUUGGAUUAUCUGAUCUCUAUGUUAGGAUGAAUGAAAUCCUCCUUUCAUUCCUAGCAUAUGGAAACUUUCUCUCGUUCGUUAGACUAUCAUUCAGCACUUCACUUGUACGGCUUUUAGCGAGUUUUUCUUUGAACUUGGCACUAUAUAAUGCGCAACUAGAUAGUACUAACAAUUCUACAAAAAGUCACAUCCACAAUGUCGCUUUAUCGGUUAUAUUAAAUCAUGUAUUUAAUGUAGUAAAGCAUUCGAAUGACGAGUCCUUCAACUCACUUGGGAGUAUAUAUAAAAACUUUGGAUUCAAGAACAUAAAUUAUGGGUGCACUGAGUGGAUUAUAAUUGGAUAUUUUAUUGAAAGCUACAUAUCACUCUUAUCUGCUCUUUUAUCGCAAGGUAUAUCCGUUAACCAAAAUUGGGAUCCAUCUCUAAUGUCAGCUUUUAUUGACACUGAUACGUUUGAAUGGAUAUCCAAUCUAAAGUUUGAAAAUGAUAAUAGUGAUGGAAUUUAUGAGUGUAGAGUUGCUGUAAUGGUUCUAUAUGCAACAUCUCUGUAUCAUCAGAUUCCAAUUAUGCGUGUAAAUGAUAUUUGUUACAUGAGACUUUUGUACAGUUUACCAUGGCUUUCUGCAAUAAAAUACUGUACAAAGGAUGUAGGUUUCCACUACAUGCUACCAAAACUAUUAAAGUCUGUUGUAAAAUCGUUCGGUGAAGAGAUUCUUAUAAAUAACUCGAGAUAUGAUCCAAUUUCACUUUUGCUAUUCACCAAAAUAACGGGAUUUUCUGGACCACUAUUUCAUACAAAAGAUUCUCUAUUUUUCAAUGCCGGGUAUUCUUUCUACAAUUCUUUCUCUUUGCAAAAGUUUUUUCACAAGUCCUUGUCUGCUCUUUCAAAAAAGAUACAUUCUAUACCUUCUCAAUCACCAGAAUUGGACUUAGUAUAUACAUCAAUUUGCAAUAUACUCCCACGGUUUAAUUCACUGUUUUAUAAUAUCUACCAAUUUAGCGGUGAUUUAAGGCCGGAAAUUCCAACCUCUCUUAAUUUGAUAGAAUGGAAAUGGUUUUCUCAAUCCAUAAGAACAAUGUAUAGCUCGAAUGAAACUGUAUUGUAUUUGUCUAUAAUGGACUUUCUAGUUUACUAUUAUUUUAUGGGUUACGAAAAGGAUUUGAAUAAUCAAGAAUCUAAUCUAACCAGAAAAAAUCUUGGUAUUUACGCCUUCCUCAACACGAAUGAAAAAUCUGAUGACAAGAUUGAGACCCAGAGAAUAAUCUCCUCAAACUUUGUUGCUCUGCACCAAAAUCCUAUUAACUUGCUAUUACGGAUUCCUCAUUAUAUUCUCUUUCAGCUUUUUAAAUUCAGGUUAUUUGGAAACUUGAUAAUUCUAAUGUCGAGCACGUUGACAAAGUAUAUAUACGAUGGAUUUUCCAACUUUUAUAACACAACUAGGCUAGAAAUGGAUCCACUUCAGCUCUGCAGACUUCAGGAUUUUGCACUGAUAAAUCUGAUUAGUGAAUGUUCAAGUAAUGUGACUUCUAAAGAAACUGAUUCGCAAUUUCGAAGCUUACUUUACAUCAUAUCCUCAAAAAAUUCAGCAAUCAGCCAGCUUAUUCUAUCCCACGGUCUUCCUCUGGAUGUAUGUACCAAACUUGAGGACUUGAAAAGUGAAAUGUCAAUGAUUAAUGCAGUUGAACGUUACACUGCAAGCAUCAAACUCUUGUCAUCGGAUGCUGCAAAGGAACCAGAAUGGAAGAGGGAUAUUAGUAUACAAAAGGUGCAAGAUUUUCUUCCGCAAUCACUUGGACCCUUCGACUUGGCAGACGUCACUAUAUUCAAUCUCUACGUGAUAUUCCUCAUAUCAAUGGACUUUUGUGACCUCUCAAAGGAAUACAACACAGCAACUACUGGCGGCAUUAACAUAACAAUAAAACACGUAAUUGACCUCUUCUUGGAGUGCAUCCAGGUGAGAGAGAAAGGGGAUAUUCUCAUUAGGUUUAUCACAAACGCAAUACCGUUAAUCCUCAAACUACAUUACAUAUUCCAUGGUCUGGCGCGAAACUCAAUAGUUGUACUGAACGACUGGCUCGUGAAUAACGAAGAUAAGACCAAAGAGAUGUAUUCACAGAUCCUGAACAUGAAGAGUGUGUUAGAAGCGAUCGACUACAACGAUAUAGUCAUGAAAAAUGAUAGCUAGCCAACAUCCAUAAACGGAACAGUCGCAAAAAGACAAGGACCAAAAUGUCAGUUAAAUCAAAGACUUAGACACUUAUUUAGUGUCUGUAAGCUCCAAAUCCAGAAUUUCUGGAAGAUUUUAAGUUUUAAAUCAUUC